AGGUGGCGGUAAUGCAACAUACUUAGAUAGCAACCGCCAUUAAACCCCACAGAAGAAGAAGAAGAAGAAGAAGUGGGUUCGUAUCAAUAUUUCCUACUGUUUCAGUGAGUACGUGAACUCAGCACCCUGUGUGUUUUCAACAUGGCAGCCCCCAUGCACAGCAGAUGUGGCUUCUUCGUGGAGAAAAAAAAACGUUUCUGCAAAAUGAUCGUCGCGAGAGGGAAGGUGUUCUGUGGAGAGCACGCGACCAUGGAGGGAGGAGUCAGCAGGAGGAUCGUGUGUCCUCUGGACCCCAAACACACUGUGAGUGAAGACAAACUGGACAAACACCUGAAGAAAUGUAACUCCAGAGAAAAACCCAAACCUGUGUUUUAUGUGGAGAACAUAAAUGCUGGAUCAGCUGAUGGCAACGACAUGUUGCGACAGGUGAGCCUUGGGGAGCUCAGUCGCUCUCAGCUGGAGUCUCUGGUAGAAAAACUGAAGGCGGGGGUCAAAGGGUUGCAGUGUGAUGUGGAGGACAGCGUUUUGUCUCAUCCUGUCGUACAGGAGGAACUUACCAACCCAAAGAAUGGUGACUCCGCCCACAAACAUCUGAAGCAGCAGUCCUCUAUCUUAGGUCAUCUAGAGACACGGGGACUGCUGGGAAGGGGGCGGUGCUUCAUAGAGUUUGGAGCAGGUCGAGGGAAACUGUCUCACUGGAUCCAUGAAGCCCUGAAGACCCCAGACCUCCUGCUGACCCAGGGUGACCUUCAGAUGCUGCUGGUGGAGCGAUCCAGUACUCGCUUCAAGGUGGACGGGAAACAUCAGGAUCCUGGUGUCCAGUUUGAACGGCUGCAGGUGGACAUUCAGCACCUGGACUUAGGUCGGGUCCAGAUGCUGCGACUGAAAAAGCUCCCUCUGGUUGGCGUGGGGAAACACCUGUGUGGAGCAGCAACAGAUCUGGCUCUGCGCUGUUUGUUGGGGGCUCCAAGACCAAAAGACGGGACUGAGCCGCCCCCUAAACGCCUGAAAACCUCAGAACCAGAAUCAACUGAUCAGAUGUCUGAGUCAGGAGCACUACCUGAGCCUGGUCCUGGUCCUGGUCCUGGUCCUGUACUGGGUCUGGCUGUGGCUCUCUGCUGCCACCAUCGGUGCGAGUGGCGUCACUACGUGGGUCAGCAGUUCUUCCUGCAGCAAGGACUCGGAGCUGAAGAGUUCUCAGCUUUUUGUCGGAUGUCCAGCUGGGCGACAUGUGGUCUCAGACAGACCAAUCAAGAACAUCGGCCUCAGGAUACAACCAAUCUGAGAGGAGAUGAUGAAGAGCAUGAACCAGCCGAGGAGACAGAUGCUGUGAACAGCUUUCUGUCGUCCUCUGAGCGCGAGAAGAUCGGGCGUCUCUGUAAGCUUCUGAUCGAUGGCGGCAGACUUCACUUCCUGCAGACGAGAGGAUUUGACAGUAGACUGUGUCGUUACGUGGACGCUCAGGUGACGCUGGAGAACAUUCUGCUGACGGCUGUCCCCUCGUCUCCGUCCUGAACGACACACCGUCCCUGGAACAGUUUUUAAUUUGUUUUGACAGAAAACCACAAAAUGGAGUCGUUUGAAUUUUUUUCAAGUUUUUUAUUAAAGGUCCACAUGCUCAGUGUGA